UCCAUCUCUCACCCGUACUUCCACCUUGCGCCAGGGCGACGAAAGGAGGCCAUUCAAGACAAGCCACAAAUUGGCACUUCCCUUCUGACCGCAGGCGACAAUGACGACCCGACGCAAUGUUAGCGAGAAGACCAUCUCGGAGGCACAAGGCGGCCCGCCAGCCUCUGACCAAGUGUCUGAUACGACGCCAGCAGUUCCAGCCUCUGUCAUAUACAAGCUUCUUGGAUUUACCGUGGCCAUGAUCUGUGCACCGAUCGGCUCAUACUUUCUUUUGCUCAAUACCGUCUUUGCAGGAAAUGCCACAUAUUCUGGCGCCUUUGCUGCGAUAAUGGCAAAUGUCGUCUUGGUUGGCUACAUCAUCGUCGCCAUGCGGGAGGACGACAGUGAGAGGAUCGAAGCAGAAGAGAAACGCAAAAAGGCUCAAUAGCAAGCCAACGUUCAAUACUUGAGCGCGAAAUUGUGAACUGUUCCAAUCUUCUUCCAGGACUAUGGAAAGUGAAUGUGACCUGCACAAUAUUAUUUGGGAGACCAUCCCUUCCACAAGCCACUCGGUAUCUUCCUCAGCGAUUUCAGAGCCCCUUCGUCUGUUUGAUACACAUCUUCCAGCCACCGCUGCUCAUGAUACAGCCACGUUGACUCAUUUCCAACCCAUCAUUCAAGAAUUACAUCAAACAUUAGUCGUGAAAAUGCGCUCCUGACGAGCAGCCCCAGCUACACAAAACCCCGUUCUUAUGCAAGGAGAACGCCAGUGAUGUCGACGGAGAUGUUUCUCAGACGCCGAAAAUGGAAA